CUAUUGCAUAGACUAUAGGAAAUUGAAUGAGGUUACAGUCAAAGACGUGUAUCCUCUGCCUUUAGUCGAUGAUUGCAUGGACACAGUUGCUGGCAGUGUUUUGUUUUCAAAAUUGGAUGCCAAUUCUGCAUACUUCCAGUUAAAAAUCCAAGAAGAAGACAGGAAAAAGACUGCCUUUAUUACAAGGUACGGUCUUUUCGAGCAUGUUUACAUGGGCUUUGGUUUGUGUGGCGCCAACACCACAUUUGCCAGAGUGAUGAACUUAGUUCUCAGAGGCUUGAUAUGGAAGACUGUCCUGGCAUUUCUAGACGAUAUCAUCAUGCUAGGAUGCAAUUUUGAGGACCAUCUCUCAAACUUGCGUGAGGCCCUUUCGAGAUUUCGGAGGCUGAAGCCAAAGGAAUGUAUCUUCUUCCAACAAGAAGUAGAGUUUCUGGGCGGAAAGGUGAGUAAAGAAAACAUUGCUAUGACCAAACAUGACAUAGCUGUUGUGACUGAUUGGCCUGUUCCUAACAGUGCCAAGCAGGUAGAGAGGUUUAUGGGGUUGGUAAACUAUCAUAGAGGGUUUGUAAAGGACUUCUGUAGGAUAGCUGCCACAUUGUACCCCGCCACAGGCAAAGCCAAUUUUGUCUGGGGCGAAGAACAAGCAGUCAUUCAGAACUUUGAAGAGCUUGUUGACGCAACCUCCAGUGUUGGCAUUGCCUAACCAAACUGACAGCUUUAUCUUUGAUACGGAUGCUUCCAAUGGAUCGAUUGGAGCAGAGCUCUUGCAGGUGCAAGAUGGCCAAGAGAAGGUUGUCGCGUAUGGUAGCUAUGCUUUCACUUAGGAGCAACACAGGUACUGCGUGGCCAUGAAAAAGCUGCUAGCAGUGGUUCGGUUCACAAGACAGUUCUGACAUCACUUGUUAGGCAGACCAUAAUGGUUAGGACUGACCAUUCCAGUCUGAGAUGGUUAAUGAACUUCAAGAAGUCACAUAAGGGCAACUGGCGAGAUGGCUGGAAGAGCUUUCUCAAUUUAACAUGGUUUUGAAACACAAUGCAGGCCAUGAGCACUCAAAUGCUCACACAAUGUCAAGAAUACCUCUGCAAAGUGGGACAUGUCGAGGCUUGAUUGCUGGGGCACGGGUGGAUCAGUUGCCUUGUGGUUGGUGUGUCUAUUGUAAAAAGGCCCAUGAAAAUUUUUGUAGGUUUUUUACAGAAGUAGAUGAGGCGGUACCAUUGGUCAUAAAACCAGGGGGGUCAUUGCCCAGUUUUGAAUGCUGGUUCAGGUGACCAGUAGGGUGCCGGUGUCUCUGCCAUCUACAGGGAAAGGGAUUUUUAAAAUAACCUAUCAGAAACAGAAACGGUCCUUACCAUUGAGGUCGGUGAACAUGGUCAACAGGGUCUCUCUGAAGGCCAAAUCUUCAGUAGAGAUAAAAUCUGUGUUGAAAGUGGUUGCGAGAAAGACCAAACCUGGGACAUCAGGGCCAUUCCUGAUCCCAGGGAUGCAUUAAUGCUGGCAAAGGCUUUGGAGUAUGUUUGAUGGGACAUGCAUGGCAUGUCUAGAGGGGAUGAAGUUGCUAGCAUUAAUAUAGUAUCCACCAGGAGAUCAAAGCUUGCUACCAAUGCAAAGCAUUCUGAUCAGAUGGGAGAUGAGGAGAAAGAUCUCCUACGGUUACUAAUCCAGUGGACAGGUCAAGGGACAGUGAAGCCCUGCAAAGUUGGGGUUUUUCUGUGGAAAGCCUUGAUUAUGAGUUGAAGCUUGUUCUGGAUUGGUUAUGUGAUGGAACAAAGGCUGACCCUUCAGCUUUGUUCCAGUCAAGUCCAGGCACCAAGUAUUACUGGUUAACUAAGGGUUCGAUGCUCUUGAUUGCCGGUGUGUUAUAUCAAACUGAUAAACAUACUGAUGACAAGAGGCUUGUUUUACCUGGUGUUUAAGGCAAGAAGCACUUGCUUUGAAAGCCCAUGAAACAGCUCGCCAGUCCAUGAAUACCGCUUCAAAUUGAAUGAAGUGUAAUUAUGAUUUAGAGAUCUGGCGAGGGAAUUGGAUAAGCUCCAGUUCUAUAGCAAUUUAUGGAUCAGCCAACAUGUCCAUGAAUUGCCAACUGCCAAAAAGCUGCAGUGAGAGCCAAUGGAGAGCCAACAGGGACCUCCAAGGACAUUCUCCUGGCUAAUUGGACCCUUCAAUCAAGGUGAUUCGCUCCGACUGUGGAGCCAAAUCCCACACGUCAUCUGAGUCCGUUGCCCUUUUGGACGAAUUUGAGGUGGAAGUGAAGUCUGGGGAUGAGAGGAAGUUGCUGGCAAGUCUUGCCGUUCACCUCUCAAGCCAGUACCCCCUGUCAAAGCAACUGUCAGGGUCAGUUCCCCAAGGAAGUCAUAGGCUGAGGACCAUAACACAGUCUGCGGCUCCGAGGUCAUACGCCAUUGUGGUGACUUCAGGGCCUUCAGAAAGCCACAAGCUGAAUGUGGUCGAGUGUCUCGGGAAAGGCCUCCACCAGUUCUGACCAAGCCAAAGGUCAGAACAGGAACUCUAAGGGUAGGAGAAAUCUGAGUGGCCAAAGCACUCAGAUCUCACACUAUUCUGUGGGUGAGCGCCUUGACUGAAGAAGACUGGCACCGACCACUGGGGACCAUAGCUCCGUCCUGAAGGAGAAGCACUCCAAGGUGGUGCCCUCCAGUGCUUUAAGGACAUCUCGGUGCUGGGGUGUAGUGGGGACUUCACCCAGAAGCAUGCUUAGUGGAGGCCCACCUCCUUGGCAUCUUGGUUUUGUGUCAGUGGCGAAAGUGUUACCAAUAGGAGGAUAGGAGCACUGAAACUAGUGGUCAGGUGACUACUGGGGUUCAACAGCACUUUGUUGAAUCUCAUAGCCUAUUUGGAGAGUGUUGGUGUGCCGGUUUUCCAUGAAACCUGCACCAACAAUCUCCAGAAGGUAGCGCAUGAGUUCUGUAAGGCUCUUAGGGUGCCCAUGCCCAAAGACCUCACUUCAAAGAAACAUGGAAAUGCUGUGACAGUAUUGUUGCAGUGGCGUUGUCUUCUAGCCUUGGUUUCGAUGCUGGAAAUACAUCAGGAAGACAGUUUUAAAUCCAUGUUAGAACAGUUACUGUCUCCUUAAAAGAAGGAACUCACUCUGAGUCUUUCGAAAGCAUUUGACAGCCAUUGUCAUUUGGAUAGGACAGGCAGAGAAUUAGCUUUGUAGGUUCCAUCAUUGGCGGCCGCGAAGACUCUGAGUGAGGAAUUCAAGGUCAAAGUCACGGGAGCAGCAACCAUUUGAUGUGACCCUGAUAACUAUCGGAUUCACUGAUCCAAUGAUGGGUAGAUGAAAGGGUUGUUGUUAUCUGUGGCAUUCAUCCCAAAACGGAUGUCACAGAUAAGAGGUUAGAGCGCUUGGCCAAGAUUUUGGAAAAUCCAAAUGUUGCCGGCCUCGACGAGGUUGGAGUGGAUCACACUAACGCGCCUGAUACCUGGUCCAACCAGAUUUUAGGCCUGGAUAGGGUCCUGAACCUGCUCAAACCUGAGCAUAUCUUGGUGUUGCAUAUGCGCAGCAUGUUGGGAAGUUGGGGAUGAGACCAUUUUGUCCCUAAUGUACCAACUAGCUAGCCAUCCAAAGGUUCAGAGGGAGCAGUUGUUACAUCUCCACUGCUACUCUGGUACCAAGGCAGUCAUGGAUCGUUGGAUUGAGCAGUUUUUGGGUUAACCUCCAUGGUAAGACUGUUUAAGCCAUUGAAUCCUGACAAGAUUGCUGCUGUCUGUGACAUUCAGCCCAGCAGAAUGUUACUGGGGACAGAUGCGCCGUAUUUUGCACCACAGGGUACAAACGUUCGACUCCAGCUUUGAUCGGAACAGCAGCUGCCUGUGUCGCCCAUAUGACACAUUGUCAUUGGUGGAAAGUUUCCAGCAAGCCACUGCUAAUGCAGAGCGCCUGUAUCUUGAUCGGAAGGCUCUUGCCUCUGAUUGAGUACUUGGAGUGGCGUCCUGGCUGGAAGGAUCCAGUCAUGUAGGUCCUGUUGUCCAGCCCUCUGGCGCAUGGGCGAGUACCAGUACUGGUUUGAUUCUGGGAAGCUCUAGUCUGUCCUUGGACUAGAGAGGCGUCAGUGAUGGGUUAACUUUCGUGAGCUACAGACCCCUCCUAAAGAAUUGGACGGGGAGGAGUGUAGUACCGUAAGGUAUAGGUUCCGGAGGUUAACAGAGGCUGACGAGUGCUCCGGAAGCAGUAGUUCUGAGCAUACUGGAACUAGUGAGGUUAGUGCAAAUGCAAGCUCAGUGAUGCCAUGUGGACGAUCUAUAGAAGACUGAUUUAUCUGGUAGAUCCUGCUUAGCUACUGCUCAUCCGAGGAAGCACGUUAAUUUCCGUAAUUAAGUGAUGGAAGGAAAACAUGUUGUCGUUAUUGGUGGAGGGUCAUGCAGAAUGAAAAACUUCUGGCAGGAUGCUGAAAGCUAUGGUAUAAAGGUCAUACAUGUAGAAUCUGAUCCAAAUCACUUUGCAAGAGAUCUUGUGCAUGGUUUUAUAGAGUAUGAUUUCACUGAUCAUUCGAGGGACCAAAUGCAUGCCGAAAAUAUAAUAAAUACGAUACAUGGUAUGGGGAUGAAGAUUGAUGGUUGCAUAUCAUUUAUAGACGUGUUAAUACCCUUAGUUGGGCUCAUUUGUGACUCAUUAGAAUUAAGAGGACUGAGUUACAAUUCAGCGAUUAUAGCGUUGUCGAAAUCACAAACACAGAAUGUGCUGAGCAUGAACAUAAAUGAAGAUGAUGCGUCAAAUGCUGGUGUAUUUUCUUCAAAGGCAGUCCAUCUACAAAGUGAUUCGGACUGUGAAAUGUUACCGGAAAGUUUUAAGUUUCCAGCGAUUCUCAAACUUGACAAUGGUGCAGGAGGUGUCGGGGCUUGCAUGAUUAACAGCAAAGAAGAAAUGAAGAAACAAUUUCAACAUAUUACAAGCUCUCUGUGCUCUGAUUUGGUCUAUCCCGGGAUUGGACUUGGUCGCGGCAAUUCAAUGACAACAUUCGAAUUUCACUGUGGUACAGAACAUAAUGUUGAUGUCAUUUUGUAUGACAAAACUCUUGUAUGGGCAUCUAUAACUGAUAGCGGGUUAGUGAGACAGCCAUAUUAUAUAGGUACUGCUAAACGUCUACCUUCAUAUCUACCAGAUGACAGCCGUAGAAAGCUAAUAGACGCUGCCUUCAAAUGUUGCUUAGGGAUAGGUCUAACAGAUGGAACGUUCAAUGUUGAGUUUAUAAUAACAGCCAACGGACCGAAACUUGUUGAAAUCAAUCCAAGAAUGUGCGGCUACAUCUUCAGGGAUUGGAUAAUGAAGUUGUACGGAAUUGAUAUCAUGUUAUAUACAAUGAUGAUAUCUUGUGGAAUAAAACCUGAAAUACCAAACAUCACAACGGGCACAAUUCAGAUGGGCGUAAUGGUGAUACCAUCUUUCCAUGGAAAACUUCUUACAGAUGAUUAUCACAGAAAUAAAUUGAGUGAGAUGAUUGAUCGUGGCGAAGUCCUUUUUCUACAGUUUGAUAGUGUUGAGCAUCCUCCCACUAACAAGGAACCUAGUUUAGGGCCUCUGUCCACUUUCGAGGAACCGUUUGGAAAUGUUUCUGUGUCUGGUACAAAUCCAAUAGAAGUAAAGAGAAAGUUGAUGGAAAUAUGUAGAGCGCUCGACAUUGACCAAAACGAUUAUCAAGUUGACACUUUUAUUAUAAACUUUUGAUUGUCACACUAGAUUAUGUACAAAUCGUGCGUUGUUUUCAAUUGAGGGAUAGAACAACCAUGAAUAUAAUCAAAUAUGUAAACAAUUUGUAUCUUUUUUUAGCUCACCAGUGCCGAAGGCUCAGGGUGAGCUAUUAGUAUCAAAGGGGGAUACUCCGUUGUCAUGCGUCAACAAACAUCUUCUCUGAAACCGCUGGACAGAUUUACUAAAAAAUUGGUCUGUAGCAUCCUUGUGACAGCCACACCUAAAUUUGCUCAUAUGAUUUCAAUUGGCCCCUUUUAGUGGUCAAGAGAGCUAAAAAUAGAAAAACCUUUAGACAGCUUUUUCUACAGAACUUAUUGAUGGAUGAUCACCAAACUUUGUUAUUAGCAUUCUUAUAGUAAUCUUUUAUAAAAAAUUGCUCAUAUUUAUUUGAUUGGCCUCUUUUAGGGGCUGCUAAAGCUAAAAUACCCCUGACCAUGGCAUUUCUUAAUGAAAGGGAAACAACUCAUGUUGGAAUGUCUUUCAUACAUGUGAGUGAUCUGUAUGCUGAUGAAAUUAUUUGAGGUCAUGACCUCAGACAAGAGAAAUGAUAUCUAUGAAAUAACUUGAGCACAUUAUAAGGACUUAGUAUCAAGCUUUAUUUUGUUCAUUCAUAUUCAUUUAAUUACAUCACUACAUGUCUAUUUAUAUUAACGUGGUUCUAUGCCACACUUUGAUAAAAAGAAGGCCACUAUGAACAGAUUCUGAUAUAGUAUUAACGGUGUUCUUCUAUGAAAAUAACACAGAAUUUUUAAGAAAUGCAGCAUUUUCAUAGGACGACAAAUAAAUAUGGACACUAAAUAUGUUAGUAUUUUUCCGAAGCUGUUCUACAGAAAUUAGAAACAUUCUCCUGUAACUAUCAUUGCCUUUCUGAAAGAACACUAACAUAUACAUAAUAAUUACCAAAAAGCCUGUCACUAAUGAUGAUUUUAAAUUGUAAGUGUUGUCAGAAAUGGGUAAUACUUAAUAGAAAAGACAGUAUACAGCUUUUUAAUACAGUAAAUGCUUAUUUUUUUUGUGAAUUAAGAAUACUUUUUACAUUGAAUCAAUAAUUACACUAUGUGCUUUGUAUCUGAACAGAAAACAUAAUUAUCUGCACAUUGUUUUUCAUUUGACAUGCUUAAAUAAGACCCUGAGCCCAAAACUCACUAUGGCAAAUUAUAUCUGUGGUACUAUAAUUUCUUGUGUAUGCAUUCUUGUUAGCUUAUAAUUUAAUGUUGUGUAUGCAAUCUUGUUUUCUAGGUAACAAUAAAAUAAAAUCAUCAAAUAACAUUUAGCUCUAGAAUUCAGACUCCCAUUAACUCCCAUUCUGUUCAUCUUUCUAGGUCAGUGUACUCAGUAGAGAAUUUUUCCACAGGAAAUAAAAUUAGGCCUAAAGAAAGAAUACAUUUGAUUCUGUAACUUACAAACAAAGAUGCUCUAUUUUUUUAUUGAAUUUUGUUAAAAAUUGUUGUUUUUUUUUGUCAAUUUUUGUUGAAUUGGAUUCAAACUUGGAGAAAGCACAUUUCAAUAAAAUUUGCCUGAUGUUUUUCAUGUGCAUAAUUGAAUUUUGGUGUCAGUUGAGCUGUUAUUUAUAUUUUUGAAAGAUACCACCUACUUCCUUGUUGUUUUUUAUGGUACAGACUUGAAAUUUGGGUCAGGAAUGUAAUUUCUGAUGCAAAUUGAAUUAAGAUAGUAACUGACUACUUUUGAUAGUAAUGAUAUCGUUUGACCUUGUUUCUUGUUUUUUUAUGUACUUAAUUGAAAUAUUUGGAUAAUGGGUUUAAUUUCUGAUCCUGAAUUGAAUUUUUAUAUCCUCUAGCCUACUUUUGAUAUCAUAUGACCUUUUUUUAGCUCGACUUUUUUUGAAAAAAAGUAGAGGUAUUGUUAUAGUGGCGGCGGAGUAGCCGUUGCCGUCUGUCCAACUUGUACCUGGAUCAUAACUUUUUAGUUCUUGAUGUAUUGUCUUCAUACUUGGCCACAACAACCCAUGGGACAAGACCUUUCAGUAAACCAAACUAACCUUGAACUUCAUCCAUAAAUGAUCAAGGUCAAAAGUCAAAAAUUUGCUUGGUCUUGCUAUUAUUGGCUGUAAAAUGGAUUGUCUUCAAACUUGAACAUUAUAAUCUUCAAGGAUAUCCCUUAAAAAUAACCAAACAGACCUUGACCUUCACUCAUAAAUGACCUGAUAUCAGUUUUUUUACUUACAUGAACAUACUUGAAAUUUGUACAAGGGGUGUAAUUUCUAAUGCUGAAUUUAAUUUUGUUAUCAUCUGGCCUUCUUAUGAUAUUUUUUUACCUUGUUUGGCCUUUUGUCAUUUUUUUUUAAGUACAGUUAUGCUACCAUAUAGGAUUUAUAAAAAGUUUGUUGUCCCAAACUGUCAACACCUUACAUAUUUUGCAUGUGACAUUUUGUGUAUUCAUUCACAAAAAUUAUAUAAAAAAUUGUUCCAUCAAAAUUAAUUGUGCUAGUGGUCAUUUAUUCUGCAUUAUUUUAUUCUACAUAGUCUCAUGGGAACACACUUGCAACAUAGAUAUUUUUAACAAAGCCUUUUCAAAAUAUUAGGGCAAAAUAUUUCAAUAACUAGAAGGGCAAGUAAAAAUUGAGCUGGACUGGCCUUUUAGCAAGUUUAUUUGAAAAAUAACACUGAAAAACAGUUAUUUCUGGUGAGCAACUCCAGGCCAUCAUGGCCCUCUUGUCUUAAAUAUUGAAGACAUUUGAAUACCAGUUAAAAUACAUAAAAUAAAAUGUAGUGCAAUG